AUGGAACAAAAUUUGAAACUCACAGCACAAGAGACAACAGAUGAUUGUUACAUCAGUGACCCUGGGGUUUACGAAAGGCUUGUUGGUAAGUUGUUGUAUCUUACUUUGACCAGGCUUGAUGUUUUGUUUGCUGUGCAGGUAUUGAGUCAAUUUAUGCAAGAACCCAAGGAGUCACACAUGAAGGCAGCACUAAGGUUGAUCAGAUAUGUCAAGGAUACCUUAGGUCGUGGAGUUUUUCUUUCAGUCAACAGUUCUAGAAAUAUGGAGUGUUUGUGCGAUUCAGACUAUGGUGCCUGUGGGGAUUCAAGGAGAUCAGUGACUGGUUUUGUAAUAAAGCUAGGAGGUUCACUUAUUUGUUAG